UGGACAAAAGAUGGGUCUGAAAUAAGUAACAACCCCAGGAUCAGCUUUUCAGAAGACAAAAAUCAGUUGACCAUUACCAAGGCCGAACGAGUAGACAGCGGAGCAUACCGUUGUGUGGCGAGUAACAGUCUUGGAAGUAAUACGUCUGAUGCUGCCGUUGUAAAUGUCCAGUAUGAAAGUCAUAUCACCACUCAUCCUAAUAAUGUGACGAAAAGAGAAGGAGAAAACGUUACGUUGUACUGUAAUGCCACUGGAAAUCCGCUCCCUACCCUAUCAUGGACAAAAGAUGGGUCUAACAUAAGUAACAACCCCAGGAUCAGCUUUUCAGAAGGCAAAAAUCAGUUGACCAUUACCAAUGCCAAGCGAGUAGACAGCGGAGCAUACCGUUGUGUGGCCAAUAACAGCCUUGGAAAUGAUACUUCUAGUGCAGCAGUCGUAAAUGUCCAGUGAAAGUGCCGUGGAG